AUGAAUAAAUCAAAUUAUUUAUUUUUAUUAGUUUUUAUUAUAAUAAAUUGUAAUUUUGUUGUUGUAAAAUCAAAACCAACAGCAAAAUGUCAAUAUGAUACAUCGAAAUCAAUGUUGAUAUUAAAUUAUCAAGGCAAUUCAUUAAUUAUUUGUCAAGGAAAAGGUGUUACUUAUUGUUAUAAUGAGGAUAUCACUUGUUCAACAUCUGAUCCUUAUUCUACUAUAAAGGGUUCAACCAAAAAUGAUCUCAAAUGUGUUGGAAGUAAAAUUGAUUGUAUAAUUGAUGAUAGAUUCGAGUGUUCAGUUGAUUUCCCAAAUAAUAUGACAACCGGCUCACCAGUUACCACAUCUACUACAUCUUCAACCACAUCAAGUUAUACAACAGGCCAAACCACUUCUUAUAAUCCAACAACAACUUCUAGCUCUCCAAUCACUACUGCUGAUUCUACUACCACCUCCUUCCCCACUUCUAGUUAUCCAAUCACUACUACUGAUUCUACUACCACCUCCUACCCCACUUCUAGCUAUCCAUUCACUACAACUUCAACCACAUCAAGUUAUACAACAGGCCAAACCACUUCUUAUAAUCCAACAACAACUUCUAACUCUCCAAUCACUACCACUAGUUUUCAAACAACAAUAUCCGCCACAACCACCUCGUUCACUACUGACUCAUCAUUUGGUUGUGCAGGUAAUCAAGAAUGUGGUGGAUUAACAAGAGGGGUUUGUAUGCCAAAUGGUAUUUGUCGUUGUAACUAUCCUUUUACCGGUUUAGAUUGUUCAAACGAAAUCAUCAUUAUAGACCCAAUAGUUAAUAGCACUAAAGUUCCAGAUUUAAGUGAAUCUUCUAUAUCACCAAAAUUAAAAUUCAAUUUGUUUGUUUCACUUUUAAUUACAGUUUUAAUUUCUGUAUUACUUUAA